AUUCCAAAAAAAAUUAAGCUGUGCGAGCGCAGGCUCCUCACUCGUCCAAAGCAGUGCACACAUCCACAAUAAAACAUACAGCGAUAUGCUGAACGUAUGAAUCCUCCUUUUUAAUCCAUAGUACAUCAUGGCUGUUGGCAAGAAUAAGCGUCUCAGCAAAGGAAAGAAGGGUUUGAAGAAGAAGGUUGUCGACCCUUUCACCCGUAAGGAUUGGUAUGAUAUCAAGGCUCCUUCCAUGUUCGACGUUCGUCAAGUCGGUAAGACUCUCGUCAACCGUACUCAAGGUCUCCGUAACGCCAACGACUCUCUUCAAGGUCGUGUCGUUGAGAUGUCCCUUGGUGACCUUUCCAAGGAUGAAUCUCGUUCCUUCCGUAAGAUCCAAUUGAAGGUUGAUGAGAUCCAAGGCAAGAACUGUCUUACCAACUUCUACCGUAUGGAUAUGACUACUGACAAGCUCCGCUCCAUGGUCAAGAAGUGGCAAACCUUGAUUGAAGCUUUUGUCGAUGUCAAGACCACCGAUGGCUAUCUUGUCCGUCUUUUUGCUAUCUCUUUCACUUCUCGCCGUCGUAACCAAAUCAAGAAGACUACUUAUGCUCAGUCUUCUCAAAUCCGUCAAAUCCGUAAGAAGAUGUUCGAGAUUAUGACCGAAGAAGCUUCUGCUUGUGACCUCAAGGAACUUGUUGCCAAGGUCACUUCUUCUGCUUCUCAAACUGCUCAAGAUGCCAUCGCCGUUCGUAUUGAAAAGGCUUGCCAAGGUAUCUAUCCUCUUCAAAACACUUACACUCGUAAGGUUAAGAUCCUCAAGGCACCCAAGUUUGAUGUUUCUGCUCUUUUGGCUCUUCACGGCGGCGCUUCUGCUGCUGCUGAAGAUACCGGUGCCAAGGCUACCAAGGACUUCGUUGAACCUCCUAUUUUAGCCUCUGUUUAAAAUAAAUUCUGUAGACUUACAUGUCUGAACAUACAUAAUAAAGGUAAUUUAUUAAACACAUAUUCAUAGCGUCGCAAAUGCAAUCGACUUUACCCACAGCUAUAUCUGGACUCAUCAUAUCAUGAUCGACAAGUCAUUGGCAAUCAGCGAAAUAGCGAAUG